CGGGCCCUGGUGACGGCGUUGUUGUGUGGCGGCGUUGCCGGGCGGUUCGGUUCGGUUCGGUUCCGUUCGGUUCCGUUCGGUUCCGUUCGGUUCCCGCCGCCCAUGGCCGUGGCUCUGGGCCCGGCCCCGCCUCCUCCCGCCAUCUCCAUGGAGCGGCCGCCGGGCCCGGAGCUCGGCGCGGCGGGGGACGGUCCCGGUCGCCCGUCGGGACGGCGGCGCGGAGCUGCGGUGCCCGUGGAGCCGGCGCUGAGCGUGGCCUGGCAGCCGGCCGGGCACCACGAGCCACAGGGCGGCGGCGGCUCCGCGGAGCGGCCGGGGCUGGUUCCCGCCGAGCUGCACGGGCGGCUGCUGGGCCAGGGCGACCCCAGGGAGCGCACGCGGGCGGUGGAGGAGCUGCAGCGGCUGCUGGGCGCGCUCAGUCCGGCCGCGGUGGCCUCGGCUCCCGGCCCGGCGCUGCUGGCGCUGCUGGGGCUGCUGUGCGCGCUGCUGGACGACGCCAACCUGGCCGUGGUGCUGGGCGCCGUGGAGGCCGCUCGGCUGCUGGCGCUGCGGCUGGGCGCCCGGCUGCGAGCCUUCCUGGGCCCGCUGGUGGCGGCCGCGGCCAAAGGGCUGGGCGACCCGCGGGCCGCGUUGAGGCGGCGCUGCCACCGGCUGCUGCGGCGGCUGAUGGAGGCGGCCGGGCCGCGCCGCGUGCUGGGGCUGCUGCUGCGGAACGAGAACGUGCGGCACCGCAACGCCCGAGUGCGCGAGGAGGUGGUGGCGGCCUGUAUCGCCGCCAUGCUCACGUACCCCGGCCGGGAGCUGGACCUGGGCCGCAUGGCGUUCGGCCUCGCCCCGGCGCUGCUGGACGGGAAGCGCAGAGUGCGGCACGCCGCGCUGGAAGCGUUCGCAUUGUUGGCGUCCGUCAUGGGACCCGGGAAGAGCGGGCUCCUGUUCGAGGCGGUGGACGCGAUGGAACUGGAGGAAGACGGUGACGGGGUGAUGCACGCGGUGCAGGCCAGGCUGGCCAGGAAGAGCCUGCCCCGGCUGGGGGAGCACGGCGCCGUGCAGUACGCGCUGCCGAUGCCUUCGUGCGCACAGGGCUGCGGGGCGCCACGCGGGGCCGACACCGAGUGGCUGCUGGGCGGCAGCAGGACGCAGAGUGCGCAGAGCUGCGGGUCACACCGUGGGGAUACGGCACAGAGCAACGGCUCACCCGGUGUGACGGCACGGAGAGCCCUCAGUGCUGGGAAAGGGAAGAACAAACUGCCCUGGGAGUGUGAGCGCGGCGGAGACGAGGAAGGUGGAGCAGGAGAUGUGCCUUUCACUAAGGGUGUGGAGCAGAUCUCUUCAUCCAGAGAGUCUCUCCAUUCUCCAAAGCUGCAGUCCCCUCAAGGAGCUCCAGGCAGCGAUGAGUUGCUUUUUAGUAGAAGAAGGCCAUCAAGAAAUUCAUUACAGAAUAGCAUAGAUUUUAAUUCUGAGCAUUCUUCCCUUUGUGCUGGUGCUGUGGGUUCUCAUCAGCCACAUAUUUCAGGGAGAUGUGGAACGCUUGGAUGCACACAGGCACGUGGGAAGAGUGGUAGUGUGGACUCUGCCUUACAGCUGUUGGGAUUAAAUAGCGGCCAACAAGACAAAGUUUGUGCCAGCCUGAAUUUUUCCAGCAAGACCGAGCGAGGUGUUUGCAGUCCAACAGAACAUACGGCAUCCUCACAUGGCACUACUGCAAACCAGGGGGCCUUCAUCCUGCCCUCCUAUCCUCUGGCAUCACCUGGGAGCAGCCCCAAGCGCCUCUCCUCUCCAGCUGAGUCCCCGAAGAAGUCACAAGAGAACACCAUGAGCUUCUCAAACUCCUGGCCUCUUAAAAGCUUUCAAGGGCUGCACAAACCGAGUUCUCAAAAGCCAAGAGAUGGUGCAGGGCAGAACUUGCAGGAGAAGCAUUCUCCUCUGCAGCUGAAGCCCACCUUGGUGAGACACCCCGCGUCCCGCCGGGGGCUGGCUGGGAGCAGCAGACCUGUGCCCCCCAUCCUGCGCCUUGCCAGCCCACUGCCCAGCAGGGCACAGGGGGGAGCCGAGCAGUGUGAGGACACCUGGAUGAAUGAAGAGGGCAGGAAGCUUGCAGCUGAUCUGUCAGAGCUGAGUGUUGAUGACGAGGAGGUGGACCAAGAAGAGAUGCAGAGUUCACUCAGAUCUCUACGAAACAGUGCAGCUAAGAAGAGGGCACAGCUAAGCAGUAACUUUUCAGAACUUGACAGCCCUGAUUCUGCUCUCAAGCUCAGUCAGUCUGCAGAUGCUCCUUCUCAUGCUUCCUCCCCAAGCUCCUGUAGUGAAAGUGGAGCUCACAGCCACGAGUCUCUGACCUCGCCUGUAUCCACGGUCCAUCAGAGAAGGAGAGUAAUGUCGGACACCUUUCCACAGCUGGGAAGUAAAGCACAGACUGCAAGAAUCUCGUCAGCGAGGAGCGGAGAUGUGAAUGUGGCAGAACAGAACUCCAGCCCAGUGUUGGCGUGCAGCUCCCAGCAGCUGAGCAGCCCAGGUUCCGUUUCACCCCGUGCGCUGUCUGAAGAUGCGGUUGAAAUCGUUGGUAAAGGGUGUGACACAUCGUGCCUUCCAGGGGUGUUUGGAAGUCCUCCUCCUGCACAAACACAGAGCCAGACUGUGACGAGUGUAGAGAAUGGAGAUGACCAGUCUGUGCAGGAGCCUGAGCCGUUGCCGGGGUUCUGCAGGAGAAGCAUCCAGCACAGCAGUGCUUCCCACUGCCAUGUUGGAAAGGAGAAAGAGGUAAAAGUGACCAUGUCAAAAUCUGCCCAGGAUAAGAUGAGGCAGAAGAAAAAGGAAAGAAGAGAACAAAGUCACAAAGAAUAUCAGGAAGUCAAAGACCUUGAAGAAAAGGAAAGAAGUCCUUCAGAAAGACUGAACCUGAAUGAACCUGAGAACGCAGCAACUGACAAGUUAAAUCUCGAUGGGGAUAUAUUGGCACCAUCAAGAAGCGCGUCACUGUCGUUAGAAAAUGUUGCCCUGAAUCCUUCACUAAGAACAUCCAGUUUGAAGAAGACAAAACGUUCAGCCCUGCUGGACUCUGAUGAAAUUCCUCUUGGGCUUCGAGGGCGCUAUAAGGACCGGACCCCAUCGGUCACACACAGCCCUGAAGUAAUGGAUCCAUCAGAACUAGAGCCCUUUGCAAAACCAGAGGCAGCCCUGACAGAAGCUCUGGCACUCCUGGCUGAUGACGACUGGGAGAAGAAGAUUGAAGGUCUGAACUUCAUUCGGUGCCUGUCUGCAUACCACACAGCUGUUCUGACUGGGAAGCUCCAUGAAACGAGUUUGGCUGUGGCUCAAGAGGUCAAGAAUUUACGCUCAGGUGUUUCUCGAGCUGCUGUGGUCUGUUUAGGGGAUUUGUUCACCUACCUGAGAAAGAGCAUGGAUCAAGAAGUAGAUAAUACAGUAAAAGUCCUUUUGCACAAAGCUGGGGAAUCCAACACAUUUAUAAGGGAAGAGGUAGACAAAGCACUGAAGGCUAUGGUUAAUAAUGUGACUCCAGCACGUGCACUUUGUUCUCUUAUAAAUGGAGGGCAAAGCCAUCUGCACACAGCGGUGAGAAGAUGCACAGCCCAGCACAUGGCAGAUGUUAUAGAACGUGUGGGACCAGAGUGGGUGCUGUCUGGAACCAAAGGUGUCACUGACAGGACUUUCCCUGCGAUUGCCAGGUUUGCACUGGAUAGUUCACAGCAAACAAGGUAUUAUGGUCGAAAGAUGCUUUUCUGCAUGAUGACUCAUCCUGAUUUUGAUAAAACACUUGAGAAGUAUGUGCCAGCCAAGGAUUUGCCUUACAUUAAGGAAUUUGUGAACAAUCUACAGCAAAAGGGUUUGGGAGAGAUGCCCUUAGACACACCCUCAGCAAAAGGGAGACGUUCUCAUACUGGCAGUGUUAGACAUUCGAGAUCAUCGUCUACUUCCAGAGAUGCUUUCAACAUCACUGACAGGGAGGCUACAGAAGCACGUGAAGUCAGCAGAAAACCAGCUCCUCGUAAUUCCCUGGAAAGUGAAGAAUAUGUUAAAGACAUUGUAGGUUUAUUGAAUGCAAAAGACUUCCGUGAUCGAAUAAAUGGAAUUAAACAACUGUUAUCAGAUACAGAGAACAACCAGGACGUUGUUAUUGUGAACAUUGUGAAGAUCUUCGAUGCUUUCAAGUCUCGCUUACAUGACUCAAACAGCAAAGUAAAUCAGGUUGCUUUGGAGACGAUGCACAAGAUGAUUCCGUUGCUGAAAGACAAUUUAUCACCAGUUAUCAACAUGUUAGUUCCUGCAAUGGUAGAUAACAACCUCAACUCCAAAAAUCCAGGGAUCUAUGCAGCUGCAACAGAUGUUAUUCAGGCUCUGUGUCAACACUUAGACAGCUAUUUGCUUCUGCAGCCAUUCUGCACGAAAGUCCAAUUUCUGAAUGGAAAAGCCAAACAAGACAUCACAGAAAAGCUUGCUGACCUGGUAGUGGAGCUGUACCCGCGGAAGCCUCACGCUGUGGAGCAGAAGGUGCUGGUCGUCCUGUGGCACCUGCUGGGCACCAUGACGAGCAGCGGAGCUUUGCCUGCAGCGGGAGGGAACAUCCGCGCGGCCACGGCCAAACUGUCCAAAGCGCUGUUUGCACAGAUGGGGCCCAGCCUGCUGGCUCACGCUGCAGCGCAGCCCCCACACAUCAGGAGGAGCCUGGAGGAGUUCCUGGACAUGGCCACCAGCUGACACGGCACUGCGGGCAUCGAGUGUGCGCUGACAGGGACACACUGUGACUGUUUAUGUGGGGCAUCGAGUGUGGGCUGACAGGGACACACUGUGACUGUUUAUGUGGGGCAUCGAGUGUGGGCUGACAGGGACACACUGUGACUGUUUAGUGGGGCGGCCAUGGGGCGGUGUUGAUUUCCCAGCAGUGCUGUGUGCUCAGUGCGGGCCGUGCUGCCCUCACAGCACCGGGAGCAACGAGCCCCACAUGGAGCAUGGACGGAACCGCAGCAGCGCAGCGAGCAGCGCCUUGUGCUACCCGAGCUGUGUGCGGGGGGACAGCAGCGGGGAAAGCGCCGGUUGUGUCGGGCCGUGGUGCAGCGUUGUACCGGGCUGCAAUAAACCGAUGUAUUUCCGUC